GUCCUGGGUACGAUGACUUCAACAUGGCGGCAGGGGCAGGUAUUUUUUCCAUUUCUUAAUGUUUUUAACGCUGUUUCCGUUUUCCGUUCCUCCAUGAUCGAACCAGCCCAACGGCAAGGAAAAAACUCGUUGUAACUUUCGCUAAGUACCAACGAAAGAAAAAGAAUUUGCCUACAUCACUGGUUUUAGUCCCAAUGUUUAUAAAAUCAUUUUAGCUGCUGAGGCGAGAAUAAUUUUCCACCACAAGUACUCCUCGUUCCUACAUUUCUGCCAUGAUCUUGGUCUUAAAAUCGCUCUUAUUCUUCUGCUGAGACAUUUUUGAACCUUAAACUUGUCGAGUUUCAAACAGCGAAAGGGAAAUAACAUUUAUAGUUUAGCGCGAACAUGAAAUAGCGAGUUGUAGUUCGUACAAGUACAGUAGUGUGGCAGAGAACAAUGUCCGAACUUUGAAGGUUCGUUUGUUUUCAACAAAGGACAUCAAAAGUCACGCGAAACUACCUGUGAAAUCUAACGCCACUAAAAUGCCCAGGGAAUCUACACCUUACAUUACACUUUUCACAGCACGAUCGAGAAUUUUCCUGCCUGCUGCAAUACUUCGCGUGGCAUUAUAAAGCUGGCCGCCUCGCAAGCCGACCGUUUUCGCUCGGCUUGCUCGUUGGCAAUUAAUCUUGGGGUACAGUUGCAACAGGCGCAAUGCCGUGUGCGACUGCAGACUGGAAGACUGUAGUAACAUGCCCUCAAAACUAUCCUUGUCCCUAAAUUUCAAGUCUUCUCAAAAUCUUGGGACAGCAGUUUUUAAAGCUUCUUUUCAAUCUAGGCUGACUCUUCUCAUGCAAUUUUCGUCAUCACUCUGAUCGAGUACACCGGAGGAGGCAAUAUCCAAGAUGAUCACUUGAGGUGGUCCCCCACUGCCCCAUUUGUAGUGUAACAUCUGCAAAAUAAUGAUUGCAAUUUUGAAUUUAAAUGUACAUGCAUGUACAUGUAUCUGCAUUACUAACGAUGAUGAUGAUUAAAUUGCAGGUGCUUUAUUUGUAACAUUGGCAAUAUUUUCUGGGCGCCGAGAUCCAGAAUGGUCAAUUUCUUCCAGGAAUCCAGAAUAUGCAGAAAUUAAGCAACUUCUGGAUAAUGCCAGAACUGCUGGCUUCGCCUAUGACCCUAUCCGAAUGCCACCACGACUCGGGUACAAGGGAUUUGUAGUGAAGGCCUCAAACAUAAAUAAAAGGGAAUUAAUUGUGGGUCCUAACACAGUGAAACUGCAGCAAUUACUGCUGGAGACGGCACCAGGUGACUUGCUGCCCCAAGGACUCAAAGAUGAAGUUUUGGCUGAAAUCAAUUCAGGAAAUGUCAGGCCAGGAGAUCCUUAA